AUGACACCACCAUUACUCUCAGCAGGUAGCGAAAAUGGUGCUGAUGAAAAUGAACGUCAUGAAGAAGUACCAUCCUCAAAGAUGUCUGCAGUUCAAUGGUCAGAAAAAAAGCAAACAACAGCUUCAUCCUCUGCACAACCAGGAUCAUCAUCCUCUUCAUCCAAUGUUUCAUCAACUCCUCCUUUGGUUACUCUUUCACAAAAUUCUCUGCCAAAUCAUCCCAUCUUGAAAAUCAACAGACAACACCCCCUUAAACCAUACUCAAAGAUUAAGAUUAACUCUCCAGUUGUCAACAUGGUAUUCGCUCCCAUUGGAGAACCCAAGCUUGCCAUUUGUACCAAGUUAGAAGUGUCGAUCCGAGAAUUGACUGGAACAGAAUGGACACAAACUGAGCUCUUUGAUUUACUCUUUGAGGAGCAAGAACAAUUUUACUGCGUGAGAUUUACGCCAGAUGCAGAAAUGCUGAUCAUUGCUCGAUCUUGCUUUGAACCUUCCAUUAUUAUGACCAUGUCACUUUUAGAUGAUGGAAAUCAAGAAGAAAAAAACCAAGAAGGUACAGAAACUUUCCAUGUAAGAUUUUUCGAAAUUGAUGGACAGCAUCAAAAGCAAACAGGCAUUGAAAAGAAGCCUGCAUUAAGUCUCGAUGAUAUCCGAGCACCAAUAUCAACCAUGGAAAUUAGUGGAAAAACACUUGUUGUUUCAAGCACGAACGGGGAUGUUCUCAAAUAUUCACUUGGGGAAGACUUACGAAGUAGAAAGGGAGUGAUCAAGUGUGCUUCCCUUAACGAAAAAGAAAUUGUUUCAAAAUUGGAAUUUGUGAGCUCAUUGCCAGGAUUUGUAAUUGGCACGUCUGCUUCGUAUCUUGGAAUUUGGAAGUUGGCAGAUGGAUCCUUAUUGAGAAAGAUUUCACUCUCUCCUUUCUCAAUGAUUAGGACGACUGUUGUUCAGGCGGUGACAAGUGGUAGCAAUCAAGGUAUUUUUCUAAUGUGUGUCUAUAAGAAUAGCUCAAGUAGUGACAAGAAUCAACAAAAUUGUGGGCUCUUCUUCUUGAAUGAAGCGACCACGUUGGUACACACCUUUGAAAGAAAAGAUGCUCCACAAAAAGUACUCUCUCAAACCGAAACAGACAUUAUGACCUCCCUUGAUGUUGUUCGAGACACUGAAAAUGCUCCUUACUUGGUCGCAGGCACUUCUCGGGGUCGAUUACUUCUCUUUAACUAUCGAUCGACUCAAUGUUUAGGUUUCAUUGUCGAUUUGGAUGGAGAAAACGUUGGUGCUUGUUGUUUCCAUGACCGUUUUUCAUUAUUAGCUGCUGGAGGCACUAAGAAUAUUGUUAUUUAUUAUCAAGACAAGUAUAAUAAUGAGCAGCAGUAA